AAAAAACCGAAAAUAUUCAUUUUUUUAGCACAAUUCCUAUUUUCUACAGAGAGUGUUCGUUGAUCGAAUGGUAACUAAACUAAUUUGAAUUGUCAAUGGUGUCACUGGUUUUUAUACGGAUUGAAAUUCGUAAUGGUCAAUGCACAAGUGCAACAAAUGCAAUGGAAAACUAGUCGUGGAAAUAUUGCAAUUGAUUCCCCUCUCCUUCAUUCAUUCGGUACAUCGUUCAAAAUGCAGAUGAAUGCAAAAGACGAAGCAAAUCUGAUAGGGCCAUUCUGCAAUUGGCCAAUGUGUGGCACUUUACUUUCAAAUACUUUUUUUCGUAUUUAGCUUGCUUCCAGUUUCGUGUAAUGCCACAUUUUUUUUAUGUGACCGCACUUUUGCAAUUUGCCAUACAUAAUCUUAUUGGUCCGGUUGGACCGUACCCAAUACCCAAAUUCAUCAAAAUUAUUUCACUUGUUUUAUGAGUGCUGAGCUAGCCGACACCUUUUACUCGCACUAAUGACUCACUGUAAGUACAGGCUAAUCAAUAUUUUCGGUGAAACAAAAGUUAAUGAUCCAACUCCAGACACACUCGAUACUAAUGAAGCGACGUAGAGACAUUUUUGGAAACUUUCAGUUUUUUUUUUUUUGAAAAAAAUGUUUUAUUGCGUAUUUAGGAACUGUGAUAAUUUCUUUUUUUACAUUCGAUUGAGGUACUUAACGCCUUAUGUGCUAUGGAUACAAAUUUUGCGCAACAACAGGCAAAUGUUACUAAACUUAGCUCAGAAUUUGUCAUGGUGAAAAUCAAUAGUAUAAUAAAUCAUCAUCUAAAAAAUGGGUCGAAAGAAAGUGGUUAAAGAUCCGCAGGAGGAGCUCGAAGCCGAAUGUAAGCUGCUAAUCGAUGAAGCUACCAAUUUGAUGAAAGUUCAUAACUACACAAAAGCUAUGUCCAUAUAUCAGAAGGCACUUGAGCUGAAUCCAUCGGAUCAAAAUGCGCUGGUUGCUCGAAGUAAAUGCUACCUGCUGAUAGGUGACCCGAUCAAGGGACUACAAGAUGCGGAAACCGCAUUAACCAACGACAAAAAUAACAUUCGCGCCAUUUACCAAAAAGCCGAAGCACUUUAUUUCCUCGGCCAGUUCGAGUUGAGUCUCAUGUUCUUCCAUCGUGGUCUUCGUUUGCGGCCGGAACUGAACAGUUUUCGGUUGGGUGUACAGAAAACGCAGGAAGCAAUCGAAAAAACGAUUGGCGGCUUUAAAAGUUCGAAGAAACAAACAUCGUCGGCCAAAUCCAGUACGAAAACCAAACGAUCCAAAUCAAUGCCAACAAUUCAUGAAGAAAGUCGACCAAAGACUAGCGCAAAAACCACACAUAAAGUGAGCUUGGAAAAAAGAGAAGCACGUAAAUUACUGGGUGAACUGUGCGUUGAUAAAGAAUAUUUGGAGGGGCUAUUGAAGCAUCCAGAUCUCAAGAGAGCUGAUACAGGAACUGAAGAGGUAUCGUCACUAGUCAAUGAUGCGGUCAAAUUUUUGAACACUCGUCAAGAGUUUUGGCGCCAACAACGUCCCUGCACUGCCUUGCCAAAAAAGAAGAAAAUCGACAUGAAGUGGAAUUAAUGGCAUCCAUCGAGAGCAUCGAGAAGAAUUGAAUUCGAGAUGAUUUACAUUUCAUGGCAGUAAGGUGAUUAGCAGCAUAGAAGAUGUUAAGAACAAAAUUAGACAGUUAAAAAUUUGAAAAAAUAAAAACAUUUAAAUAAAGUGGAA